GGCACAGUGAUGUCCUCAUGGGCCUGGUCUCUGUAAACAGGGAUGAUCUCUAUGAGAGGCUGAAAUUCCUGCAGAUCUCCCUUGGAGCUGUCCCCUCCCCCUUUGACUGCUUCCUCUGCAACCGGGGGCUCAAGACUCUGCACAUCCGGAUGAAGCUGCACUUCCACAACGGCCUGGCUGUGGCCAAGUUCCUGGAGUCCCAUCCCAGGGUGGAGAAGGUCAUUUACCCAGGGCUGCCUUCCCACCCUCAGUACGAGGUGGUGAAGAAGCAGUGCACAGGCUGUCCUGGGAUGGUCAGCUUCCACAUCAAAGGGAAUAUCAAAAAUGCCUCUGCCUUUCUCAGGAACUUGAAGGUGUUCACUCUCCUGUGCCCGGGGGGGUGUUUGUGUCCUGAGCCCACUCCU